UGACAGUGGCAGCGGCGUAAUCACUUCCACGUAAAAAAUGGCGGACUGCAAGGAGAGCAACGAAGAGACGAACAGGCCGUCUUAUAUUUUAAAGGUAGAUCCACCGCAGGAACCGUCGACGGAAUCGUCUAAAAAUGCAACCAGCGAAAAAAUGGAUAUUCCUCCAACAGAUAACGACACAGAGGAGUCAUCAUCCAGUUCUAACAAAUCUCCCACGAAACCACAUUACCCUAUGUUAGCUGCUUCAAAGUUUGGCAAUCAGUUCGGAAGCAAUGAUUUUACCAAAUCCUUUGCUAAUAAGAGAAAGACAUCGAUACUGAGGCCCUCUCAACUGGGAGCAGUGACAAACAGUCAACCCGCGAACAAAUCAUUUCUACAGCCAGCGAAAUUCCAAAAUCCGUUCGCAAAGGUCGCAGACAAUUCCCCAGAGGAGAAGAACGAAACUACAGACGAGAACAAGAAGGUGGAAGAUGCGGAGAAGGAUCAGCAAAUGGAAAAAGAAAAGGAGAAAGUAAAAGUGAACGAGAAAGAGACAGAAAAGGAGACAAAGACCGAAGAGAAACCUGCAGAAGAUACACAGUGCAGGUUUCUGCCACUGGGUGUUAGCACAAAGGAUAACGAAAGUAAUAAUGUAGAUAACGCGGUAGGACCGUGUACCUCAGCACCCAGCUUCGUCUUCGGUCAGAACUUGAAGGAACGCGUGGUAGUGGCCAACGACACAGAGAGCUCGACGAAUCCGGAGAGCGAAGAGAAGAACGAGGAGAGCACCAACGAGAACGGUUGUUCUUCUGAACUGUUGUUCUCGAACGCACCGGCAACGUGUCGUCCGACGACCAGACCGGGACUGACGUUAACUCAAGCUGCGCAGGAGUUAGAGGAGGCAAACCGCGCGAACAAACGGAAAUACAGUGAGGUGACACCGUUGACCGGCGAGGAGGGGGAGACAAAUGUUUUGCAGAUAAACUGCAAACUGUUCGCGUUCGAUAAGGCCAGCGGCGGUUGGCAGGAAAGGGGACGGGGCACGUUGCGAUUGAACGACCGCGACGACGAGGAGUCCCGUUUGGUGGGCCGUACCGCGGGCACCCAGAGAUUAAUAUUGAACACAAAAGUAUGGCCUGGCAUGACGGCGGAACGACCAGCGCCCAAGUCGUUGAGACUGACGGCGAUGGACGUGCACGGGGACAUACGGAUCUUCAUCGUUCAAGCGGCACCGAAGGAGAUCGAGCAGCUGCACAAUCUGUUGCAGCAACGACUGAAACGCGCGCAGGAACGCCAACCGAAGAAGGUCGCGGCCGAUCACUGACGAUCGUUCAAUCAUCCCCAGACAACCUUUGCUCUUUGUUACCGAGCACGGUCGCUGACGCGUGAGAAGAGUCGAUGAAACGUUUCAAGCUAUCAGGCCCUAUCUAGUACACCGUGCGCAAUAGAAUGGCUAUGAUUUGUGCCUUCCCUUGAAAGUUUUUUUAGAUCUUGAUUCCGUGGGCAGAGGUGUGCCUGGGGUUUUUGUUUUUUUUCUAAGGCAGCAAGCAGAACGAAAACGAAAUCGUAGCUCUUCUUUCACCCUUUAUCUCGUACAGACGCAUCGAUGAUCAUUAAUUCUGAUUUUGCGGUUACGGAAUAUAUACAUAUAUAAUAUAUAUAUGUAUGCCUCUUCUAAUCAUUCCCAAUUGAUACAAGUUUUCUUUUUACAUGGAAUUUCGAGGCGUUUUUUCUUUUUCUUUUUUAAUGAAUGCGUUGGUCUACACGCGAGUCACUAGUUAGAGAUUUUUGAUAAUAGCAUAAUAUAGUUGAUACCGACGAAUCAUGGAGGAAAUAACACCGUAAAGGGGGAGGGGGGACUAAUAGGAAUCAGGAAAGCAGAGUAGCGUCUUACUUUUAACAGAUUCUCUGCAAACGGGAUUAUCAGCAACAUUUUGUCAUAGCGAUACUCGCGUUGAUCUAGAUUUCCAUUUUUCCGAUCGCGGUCAUAGGAAUAAAACGAUAUCUUUGUAAGAAAGCGUUGUUGUUAGUCUACCUUUAUUUAACGCGCGUAGUUUGAAAACGACGAGGAGCUCGAUGCACGUUACCCCUACCCGACCCGCCCACGUCAACGAGGAAAAUCGAUUCUGUUGCACACGCCCGUGAAUCUUGUUCAACAUUCUUGCGAGCACAACUAAAGAAAUAUAGAAACGAACGCGAACCACCCCGUGUCAUCGCACGAACGAAUAUUGUGUAACUACUUGUACUUUAAUUUGUAAAUAGCGCCGGCAAAAAAGGACCGUAAGUAGGGGGUCUGGUUUUACUCGUCGGUGGGCAAACUUGAAAGGCUGUGUGUGUGUGCGUGAGUGUGUGUGUGUGUGUUCGGGGCCGCUCUCCUCUCUAACGAUUUUGCUUAGCAAUAUUUAUCAACAUGCUACCCCGCGUGCGUACCGUGUGUCUCUUUAUACGAGUUACCACCGCCUGUCAGGAGGGGGGCCACAGUCAUGAUAAUCGUGAUGACACGCAGGGAACUGAAGAAGAAAGAAAGAAAAACAUUACUUAACGCUCUAUCCACAGAUACGAUCCAGAGGUGACUACUCGUUUCUCUGUGUACCUUGCUACAUACAGAACAGAACUACACUGUACACAUCGUUAAUUACAGAAAAAUA